AUGGAUCCCCUUCCCAUACAAACAAUCAUCUGCUUUGUUUGUUGGUCAUUUUGGUUAUUCCCAGUAUGUGCAUCAUUCGGCAGCCGCCUUCUUCCCGACAAGCCGCUUUCUGCUGGAAGCACCAUCACCUCCGACGACGGCACUUUCACCUUGGGAUUCUUCUCUCCGUCCAGCUCCGGCAAAAAACAUUACUACAUCGGAAUAUGGUACAGGAACAUACCUAAAGACAAUGUUGUGUGGGUUGCCAACCGUGCUAUGCCGAUCGCUGAUCCUUCUUCUGCAACACUGGCCUUCACAAACGGAUCCAAACUGGCUCUGUCAGACACCAACGAGGCAACUGGUGGAGAAGCCACGCUUGAUAACAAUGGGAAUUUUAUCCUUCGGUCAUCACAGGGCAUCAUCUUAUGGCAAAGCUUUGAUUACCCGACCGACACUCUCCUUCCAGGUAUGAACCUCAGGGUCACCCAAAAUAUGCAUGCACUACAACGGCUCAUCUCUUGGAGAAGCCCCCAAGACCCAUCCCCGGGCAGCUUCUCAUAUGGGGCAGACCCUGAUGAGUUUCGGCAGUGUAUUAUAUGGAAGGGCUCAACACCAUACCGGCGAAGUUCAGUAUCGAAUAACAAUUUGGUAGCCGGGCAGUAUGUCGAGAGUAUCAAGUCUACAAUUUAUUACACACUGCAAAAUAUUGAUGAUGAGGUCUACAUUUCCUUUGGACUACCAGUACCAAGUGUCUCAUUAGUGCUAAUAAAGAUGGACUACUCAGGCAAGAUAAAGACACGAGUCUGGAAUAGCACUAUGUCCAAAUGGACUGAUCUGGGGUCAGAACCUAACCAGGAAUGCAACAAAUUUGGAUACUGUGGUCCAUUUGGUUACUGCGACAAUACGCAGGCUAUUGUGAAAUGCAAGUGUCUUGAUGGCUUUGAGCCAAACAACAAACAAAACUGGACGGCCCACAGGUUUUCGCAGGGAUGCCACCGGACGGAAGCACUAAGAUGUGAUGAAGGGGAUGUCUUCUUAAAUUUGCCAAGGAUGAAGGUUCCCGACCAGUUCUUGCAUAUCAAGAAUAGAAGCUUAGACGAAUGCAUAGCAGAAUGCACCAGCAACUGCUCCUGCACGGCAUAUGCUUACACCAAUAUGAGCACCAAGGUUAUCAAUGGGGAUCAGACUAGGUGCCUAUUAUGGAUCGGAGAUUUGAUUGACACAGAGAAGUUCAAUGGAGAAGGGGAAAACCUCUAUAUCCGGGUUAAUGAAUUGAGUGAUCAUGCCGCACUGCUGGCCCAGAUCGACUCCACCUGGAUUAGCGUCUCUACAGGACCGCCGUCGGUGUUCCUCAGCGCUCCCGGCUCCCGCUGCUCGUUGCCUCUGCUGGCCACAGCAGACUUCUCUAUGGGCCAGUCGCUCCACCGCCAAGGCGAACCUAGGCUGCUGCUCCUGGCAUCAGCAGGCCGCAUCUCCAGGCAGCCGCUGCUGCACUGCUGCUCCCUGCAUGCUCUGUCCACCCUGGACUUCUCUAGCUUGGCUGCAGUUGAUUCGCUGGAGAUUCCCAGCUCCCGAUCUGGUGAACUGCUUGUUGUGCUGCCGCUGCUUUUGUUUGGAUGCCCAGGUCGCUGCUCCAAAUCUGGUCUCAGGUCGUUGCUCCCAAAUCUGGAGAAUGACUCUCCUGGUCCGAUCGAAGUCGACGGCUGCUGCCUGCCUGCUCACGCGCUUGCUCCUCUACGUGGUGCAUGCUACCUGUUGCUAGCUGCUUACGUGCUGCUACUGCUAGCUACUUCCUGCUGCUACUACUCUGCUGUUUUGGCCUUCGCCGCCAUGAUAUUAUUUUUUCUCUUCCGUUGCGUCCACCAAAACCGUUGA